AGUACGGCGGCUAGCGUCUGAUUCAGUCUACAUUCGACCGUCGCGCGCGUCGUGUGUCGCGGAGUCGCGUGGUCGGAAUCGAGUCGGGUCGGAUUAUAAGUUGAGUUGAGUCACCCGACGUCAUCGAAACGAGAACGUGAGGAACGAUUGGGAUUGCGGGGGACGUGGUGUAUACAUAAUAAUAACAAUACGACCGGCCGACGCGAAUCGCGCUGUCUUAUCGGACUCGACGAAACGAAAAAAAAGCGAGAGGAUGUAAGAAGUUUGUCGCAGAUUGGAGGGCACAAGAAUACAUGAUCCUUUUUCCUCGUUGAAUUAGAGGUGCGUAGGCGGGACGACCGUCGCGGAGUAAAAUGAAAAAUCGUAACUCUUAUCGCAAUUAGGGACAGAGGAUAAUCGGAGCCGGCGCGAUCAACACGGAUAAUUUAUAUAUCGCGAGAAAAGAGAUAAAAAAAGAAGCGGAGCUCGCGCGCGGGAGUACACAGCGAGAGCGACGUGAAGUGAGCAACGAGAAAGGGGAAGUCGAGUCGCGUAUAUCGAGUCGCACGAAGUCGGAAAAGUGGUAAAAAAACGCCGGCGACCCGCGAAGGGGUGGCGGAGCGGAGUAAAUAGUACACGAGGCGAAUAGUUUGAACGAAUCGAACGGCGGUUUCGCGUGGAAUGCGCGCGGGGAGGGGGAUAGAAGACGGUUUCGUCGAAUCCAUAUGACGGGCGGCAGACAAUUCCGGCCGCGAGAGGAUUCUGUAUAAUAUGCCAUUAACCGGCGCGCGGCGCGCGGUGAUGUUUAUGCUCGAGGUGGUGGUGCGCGAAGUGCAGGAAACUGGUAGCGGACUGGACGCGGGCAACUCGCGGCGGCAACUUCACGCGGCUCUUGCGACAGGUGCGGGUUAUUACGGCGCCGUCGGCACCUCCGCCUCGCGCGGCGAUAAUAACGCGCGCGAUUGUCGUUAUCCCGGCUGUCGAGAGCGCGCUAUCGCCGUCGCCGCCGCCGACGCCGUCUCGAAACGUCUCCCCCGUAUCGUCGUCUAAACGGACGUGUUUCACAAGACGUGUGUUUCGAAGUGCUGCAUCGAAACUCCACCGCUUGCGGACACUCGCGCGUUAUUGGACCGUGGACCGAAGGUGGAGAACCGUGGACGAGGAAGAGGAGAAAACGAAGGAAGAACAAGAAAACAACGUCCAUUUAUGAUUGCAUUGAACGAAGAAAGGUAGCAAGUUGAGAAAAAUAUUUCUCGAUCUCUGUGCGCGAAACUUUGCGACCCAUAUUCGCUCGAACACAUUCGUUUUCUCAAGAAGCUCGACAUCGAAAAACUAUCGCAUCGAUCCUUUAAUGUAUAUCCACGGAAUCCAGCGUGCGAUGUAACACGUUGUACGACGAAAAAGAGUUGGACUUAAAGUUCCGAUCUCCGAAGACCGAUCGGCUCUGUCAGAGCCGACUCAAGAGCUUUCUCGAUCCGGCCGGGAAAAGACCCCUUCUCGAAGAGACUAUCGCGAUCCAACGAAACGAUCGCGCGGACGUUCUCAGUGCUCAGAAUCCCGCGAUCCGUGCUCCUCGAGCGAUCGAACUCGGUCGUCGUGCCUCAGACUGAUCGACUCCGUGGAAAGGAAAACGCACAAUCACAAAGAAUCGCACACUUAGACGUUAAAAUCGACGAUAGCAUAGUUCAAGAUCCAAUCGCAGUCAUUAGAUCAUUCACCUUCACCGUUUGGAUUCGUUUCGUUUCAUCCAUCUCUGCAUUCUCACCUGAUAGUCGUGCAACGUGUGAUUUUAUCGUCGCGACGAUUUCCGCAAAUCGCUCCAUUACCGCGAAGUUCGCGAGGAUGCUAACAUCGGCGUCAAGUGCGCGUCCGUGCCGAGUAGCAGGUUCGUUCUGAUCAUCGAUGAACGUGACUUGCGGUGCCGGGAAAGUGAGGCUCUAAUUAACUCGUGUGUGACGGCCACAACGUCUACGUGCCACGUUGCCGAAGCGGCGGAUCGCCCAUUUAGGAGACCGAACCGGAGAGGCGGCCAGCUGUUAAUCAGCAGCCACCGCGGUGGACAUGAUUAUUUCAAAGGAUCUGUUCCUCCUUGGCGACCAGGAUUAUCUGCGCCUUCCCGUCAACGAGAAGCGCCAGCAACGGGCAAUGGGCCGGCCGGUCAUCAAUGCUCCCAGAGUGGAAAGCUCAGCGCUGCAGUUGGUGUGCCCGCUGGAUUCUCGUCCGGUGCAGCUAAUCUUCCGGGGAUUGCAGGUAGUCAAGGACAAGCGAGUGCUCCUUCGAGAUGUGUCAGGUGUCGUCAAGCCAGGCGAACUAUUGGCCGUUAUGGGCCCUUCAGGCUGUGGUAAAACAACACUGCUGAACUGUUUGUCCGGCCGUGUUGGCGUGGACGGCGGUGAGAUCUGGUUGAAUCGCGAGAGGCUCACCAAACGGUGGCGCAGAAGAAUCUGCUACGUACAACAGCAGGAUAUUUUUUUCCCUGAUCUCACCUUACGGCAGACGCUUGAGUACCAGGCAAGGCUGAGGCUUCCGGACACACUCUCACACUCCCAGAAGAUGCAAUGCGUGGACCACAUCAUCGAGGUCCUCGACCUCGCGGGCUGCCAAGACACCAUUAUUGGAGAUUAUUCGAAACGGGGAAUUUCCGGUGGUGAAAAGAAGAGGACGAGUAUAGCUUGCGAAUUACUCACGAAUCCAUCAUUAAUGCUACUUGACGAACCUACGAGUGGACUCGACUCGCAUUCGGCACAGGCAUUGAUCUCGCGAUUGAAGAAAUAUGCUGAGCAGGAGGGUAAGAGCAUUGUGGUGACGGUACACCAACCUAGUUCCAGGAUGUUCCACAGUUUUAGUAAGCUUCUCCUCUUGAGUAAUGGUCAGGUGGCGUACUACGGAUCGACGGCGAAUGUUGGUAGAUUCUUCUCUACAAUAGGACUUACUCUACUGCCACAUUACAACCCCGCAGACUUCAUUCUGGAACAAAUAAAGGGGCCAGAGGAAGUUCGAGAUCGCAUCGUUGCCGCAGCGAGAGCUGCAAGACAGGGACCUGACUGCCCACCGGAACUUCGCCCGGAGUAUAAUCCCAGCCAACAUCCGCUCUGCGACCAUCUCAUUCAUUAUCACGAGCACCACAUCAGCCACAACGUGAAGGAAGACGAAGGCCGUACGCUAUGGUUGGAUACACAAAGCCACGCCAGUAGCAGCGCGAGUUCUGCUGAUGACGACUAUUCCUGGCAAUGGCCCACCAGUUUCUGGUCGCAGUUCAAAGUAUUAUCGGAAAGAAAUUUUCAAGAGGCACGACCGCGAAUGUUGUCGCGUCUUCACUGGCUGCAAACGGUAGCUCUCGGACUUCUAACUGGACUUUUAUGGCUGGGUCUUCCCAGAACUGAAGCAGCCAUUCAUGAUAUUCAAGGGUGGAUGUUCUUCAGCAACACAUACUGGAUGCUUUUUGCACAUUUUGGAGCGCUCACUAGCUUUCCCCCGGAGCGUGAGGUGAUCAACAAGGAACGCCUGUCAGGAUCCUAUCGGCUCUCGGCCUACUACCUGGCGAAGAUGGUGGGCGAGCUGCCGCUGACGAUAACGCUGCCCGCAGUCUACCAUAUGAUUAGUUACCCGAUGUUGGGCUUCCAUAAUAUAGCAGUCUUCAUCACGCUGCUCGCGUUCUUGCUACUCAAUACUGUAGUCGCACAGAGUGUCGGAUUUUUUGUGGGCGCUUGCUGCGAAGAUCUGCAGGUGGGCAUCACCGUGUCCGCGCUCUACACACUCUCGACGCAGCUUCUAGGUGGUUAUUUGGCGACAUCGGUCCCACCAUGGUUAGCGUGGGCUAGGUACAUCAGUAUGAUGCAUUAUGCCUAUCAAAAUAUGCAAAUUCUGGAGUUCGGCGUCGGCGAACCAAUAGCAUGCUCGCAGCCGAGUAAAUUCGCCGAGUGCAGAAACGGUACAACGAUACCCGUUUCUGCAAUUUUGGAGAGUCAAGGCGGGGUCAAGGGUUCUGGUCUACCAUUGUGGGCAAAUACGGCAGUACUAUUGGCGUUCCUAAUCGUUUUCCGGACCCUGGGUUAUCUCGUCCUGCGUUAUUACCGUGUACCAAAAUGAGCGUGUUGGGAGACACGCAACUAGCACACAAAUUCUCGACACGACUUUCGCGGAUCUUCAGUUUUGUUACUAGAGUAUUAUAGCAACCGCCGUCGCUGUCGUUGCUGUCAUGUGUCUCGCCUCUUGUUAGGGAAUAAAAAACGGUCGCAUGCUUCGAUGUCAUCCCCCGGGAGAAUUUUCUCCCGUCGUGAGCUGUCGAACGUCUGUAAAGUUUUUCUAUCUAGCAUGAAAACACGGGGGAGCGACGCGAACGGUUAUCGCGAGUGCGAACGUUUUCACUUUUCCCGACGUAUCGAGCAAUGCGACAUAAAACACGAGACUGCAACAGACUU